AUGCUAGCCCUCCAAUCUUCGCGAAAGUCCGCCGACUCGGCCCCUUCCUUCACCGAUUGCUGUACGCCAAAUGUCCUGCCCUGCAAAGUUCACCAUGAUGGCCCUGUCGAACUGUCGCAACGGUACUGGAAACCAGUCAAUGACGACAAAGACGACAAUCGCACCGCCUAUUUCCGCGGCCGGAAGUUGCGAGGCAGACGAGUUCAGCUCCCAGAUGGUUACCAGGGAGUCGUUGCCGUGCCCACAGAUCGUGUGCUUCCCGUUGCGAACAAGGCGCCUGAGGAUCAGGAUACAGAUGCAGUGGCCGAUGAGCCCAUCAAAGCUCUAGAAGCUCAGUCGACUUUUGACGACUUUAUUGUUUGGGACCAUGAGACUUUAGCGGCAGCAGAUGAUACAUUUGUGAAAGGAGUAGAGGAGUGGAUCAAGUUUGCAGAAGUGAUACACGAUACCCCAGAGAAGCAAACCGAAAAUGGCAGAUUUCCAUGCCCUGGUGCUUCAAUAUUUCCAGAAGAAAAAGUCCAACGGGAAAUCGCUGUGAUGCGAUUCCUUGAACAUUUCACCAACAUCCGUAUACCUCACAUUUUACAUUCUGGAAUGACCGAGGAAAGUCCGUGUGGUCUAGGGCCGUUUAUUGUCAUGGGGUAUGAUGCUCUUAACAUCCCUGGUCGUUCGCGUGAUGAGAGGCCUAUCAUGAACCCCGACAUUUCACCGGAAAGACUCGAAUUGGUUUAUAGUCAAAUGGCAGAUAUUUUGCUACAAUUAUCUAGUCAUUCCUUCUCGGAAAUUGGCUGUAUUUCUAAGGCCAAUGAAGAUGAUGAAUUUGACGACAAAUGGGUGGUAAAGCACCGCCCACUUACAUUUAAUAUGACUGAAUUGGUUCAACUUGGAGGCUUUCCAGAAAAGUUGCUUCCUCAACAUACAUUUACAACCGCUUCCUCAUAUUAUGAAUCACUUGCUGAAAUGCAUAUGGCCCACUUGUCUUCUCAGCGAAACGAUGCAAUUGAGUCCGCGGAAGAUUGCCGACAAAAGUACAUUGCAAGAUGUCUAUUUCGUAAGAUCACUCGAGAAUACCAGCUUUGCGGAGACGAUGAAUCGGGGCCAUUUAAGCUCUUUUGCGAUGACUUUCGACCGGGAAAUGUACUUGCAAAUGCGCAGUUUCAGGUAACAGGGGCACUUGACUGGGAAUUCACGUACGCUGCACCAACGGGCUUUGCGUAUAGCCCGCCGUACUGGCUAUUUCUUGAGCUUCCAGAAUAUUGGGCUGACGGCUUGGAUGACUGGAUACAAAACUACGAGAAACUUCUGCCGGUAUUUCUGAGAAUACUGAAGGAGCGAGAGCAAGCUGCUAUUGAUCGACAUGUCCUUAAGGAAAGCGAUCGCUUAUCAGAACAUAUGCUGAAAAGCUGGGAAACAGGUGAUUUUUGGCUGAACUAUGCAGCUAGGAAAAGCUGGGCGUUUGAUAUGAUAUACUGGGCUAAAAUUGAUCGGAGAUUCUUUGGGGAUGGGGAUCUGGAAGAUCGUCUGCAGCUUUUGACCCAAAGCGAAAGGGAGGAAAUGGAUGGUUUCAUUCAGAGAAAGCUGAAGGAGAAGGAAGAGCAUCAAAAUGACCGCCGCAUCUCCUUACUGGGCCAAAUUGAUGGCAAGCAGGGCAUUCUAGUUGCUGAGCGUGCAGCAUUUGCCACAGAGAGCGUUGAAGUUUUGCAAGCAUUCCAUGCAAGUCUAGCUCGAGUACGAAACCUUGGCAACAACGACAUUUACAAAUGGUACAUGGCAUCAACUACGCCCUCGGAAAAUGGCGAUGGCCCACCAGACCUCAAACUGAAUCUGAUAUGGCCGUGCACGGCACAGCAUAUCAAGAAAUACUCGGCUCAGUUGGUGCGGAUGGUGACAGAAACACCGCAAAUCUACAAGGACUACAUUCGUCCGUAUAUGCAGCAAAAGCGCGAACAAGGCAGACUAAACUGGGUUUUCAAUAUCCUCGAGGGCCGCACCGAGCAGGAAGACGUCAUUCUACGGGAUACAGAGCAUGGGCCCAAAGACGGGUUUCUGGUGUUACCGGAUCUGAACUGGGAUCGGAAAACGAUUGGAUCGCUGCACUUGCUUGCACUCGUCGAACGCCGGGAUAUUUGGUCGCUACGUGAUUUGAGAAAGAAGCAUAUUCCUUGGUUGAAAUAUCUAAGGCAGAGACUACUCGAAGCAACGGUUAAGAUAUACCCAGAUCUCGAACAAGACCAGCUGAAGCUAUAUGUGCACUACCAGCCGACAUAUUACCACUUCCACGUCCACAUAGUCAAUGUUAUGCUAGAAGCUGGAACAACACAGUCGGUUGGAAAGGCAUUUGGACUGGAGAAUAUCAUCGGGCAGCUGGAAGCUAUCGCUGGCAAUGACGAGGCAGGCAUGGCGGACACCAGUUUAUCGUAUUUCCUGGGGGAAGAAAGCGAAUUAUGGGCCACAGUACCGACAGAAAACAACCCCGAAGUGAUGUCCCAUCUUGUACAUCAACUAGGUCUCCCAGCAACCUUUGGCUUUUCCGACGUGUACUCCAUCGACGAACCCGAUCUGCUUGCCUUUGUUCCUCGACCUGCAAACGCUUUACUCCUCGUCUUCCCAGUCUCGAAAGCUUACGAAGCCACGCGAGUCGCCGAAGACACCCCGUUGACCGAGUACAAUGGCUCUGGACCUGACGAGCCCGUGAUUUGGUUCAAGCAAACCAUCCGCAACGCAUGCGGUCUUAUUGGCUUAUUACACGCCGUCAGUAAUGGCGAAGUGCGAAAAAAUGUCAUCCCGGGGUCUGAUCUGGAUAACCUGCUGCGCGAAGCAGAAGCUCUGAAACCAAUUGAACGUGCCGACUUGCUGUAUGAAAGUAAGGCGCUGGAAUCCGCGCAUGCAGAUGCCGCAAAACUGGGUGACACGACGGCCCCGGAUGCAGAGGAUAAUGUCGACUUGCACUUUGUGGCCUUUGUCAAGGGAAGCGAUGGGAAGCUUUGGGAGUUGGAUGGACGACGAAAAGGACCGCUCGUGCGAGCUGAACUGACGGCUGAUGAAGAUGUUCUGAGCGACAAGGCACUGGAGCUGGGACCCCGGCGGUUCCUGAGAAAAGAAGCCGAGGGUGGAAAGGGAGAUUUGAGGUUUAGCCUUGUUAGUCUGGGUCCGGUAUUUGACUGA